UAUUAGUAAUGCCGAUAAUAAAAUUGGAAUAAAUAAAAGAGAAACUUUCAUCAUGCAAAUGAAGAAAUUAUUAAACAAACAUCAUUUGCAAGUCCCCUAUUCCAUCAAUCCGCUGCCUAUUAAAGACUUAGGGAAGCACAGGAUCAUUGAUUGCUCAUUGGGAUCAACUCAUUCAGCAUUCCUCACUGAGACUGGCCUCGUGUAUACUUUUGGACGUAAUAAUCACGGUCAGUUAGGAUCAGGGAAUGCACUCCCUAGAGAAAUGGCAGUGGUUGUUAAAGGAUUGAAGAAUAAACCAAUAAUGGUUACUUGUAGUGAACUAGCUACUGUAGUUGCCACUGAGUGUAACACGUUUCAUAUCUGGGGCUCUAGACCAAUCAUACAAUCACCACUAUCAACACUGCUCUCAGGACAACCGACUGAUAAAGGUAAUUGUUAAAUAAUUAUAUUUUUCAUAGUCCACAACUUUUUACUGUGUAUUAAUGUAUGUUAAACUUUGCAACAUAGAUCUCUACAUGUAUACAUUUAUUUGAAUUAAAUGUAAGGAGUUGUAUUUGGGAA